CCUCGCCGGUGUCGGUGGGUGGCCCCAUCCCUGGGCUGUGGUCAGGUCUGUGGGCCUCUGGCCGGCCAGGCCCGCUUCUCUGGCUUAGACGACAAGGCAGUGGCCAAGGAGACACUGACAGAGCUUGUGGGUGCCCUGGGCAUGUGUGGCAGUGCUGGUGGCCAAGCGGGCCAUGCCCUCUCCUCUGGCGCCCGGAUUCCCAGGGGCCCCUGCUCUUCAGGACGUGAGUUUGGAAGCCCCCGUGCCUGCCCUGGGAACUGGACAGGUGGUGAGGCCUGCAGUGACGAAACCGCUGUGCUGUUGCUAUGGGGAUGGGGUGGGGGCCUUCUGCCUGCAGCCCGAGUUUUCUGCUUGGCAGCUCUAAUGACAGGCGGCCAGCCCCGCUGAGGCCGAGGGCUGCGCAGGGGCCCUGCUCCUGGUUGCCAUGGCAGUUCUGGCCCUCCCAGGCGCGGGAGGCCGCGCAGCAGGAUGCCCCAGCACACACCUGGUCCCUGCACACCUGGCCACAGCAGGAAGAAGUGUCAGGUGGUGGCUGCGUCCUGGGAAGCAGGUUGGGGUGUGAGACAGUCACCUUCGGCCUAAUUACUCCGACGCUGCCUCAGCCACAGGAAGGGACCGGAGAUUUUCUGCUGAGAUUUUCUGCGCGGAGGCCACCACGCUGCCCAGCUCAGCGCAGCCCGGAGAGAAAACUGACCAGCCCCGGGUCCCGGUGAUGGCCCUGGCCUGAGGAGGCCUCUGGGGGGAAGGGCCCCAGUGGUGGCCCCGAAGGCAAGGCUUCAGGCUCGCUGGGGAUGAUGAAGAGCAGGAGGCUCUGUGACUGAAGCUCCGGCCAGAGAGCAGCCGAAGUGGGCCCUGUUCUCCCAGACGCCAGGGCCGGCGUGACCCCCGGUGUGGAGGAGUCCUGGGACGUUCCUGCCCGGAGCCCUGCUGGGGAACGCGGAGGGGUCCCAGCUCUCACGAGCUGGCCACCGGGCCCGUGCCGGAUGACAGUGCCGGGAUGGAGAGCGCCAUGAAGGAAAAGGCGGAGCAGAUCCUGGCGGAGUUCCGGCUGCAGGAGGAGGACCUGAAGAAGGUGAUGAGGCGGAUGCAGAAGGAGAUGGCCCGGGGUCUGCGGCUGGAGACUCACGAGGAGGCCAGUGUGAAGAUGCUGCCCACCUACGUGCGCUCCACGCCCGAAGGCUCAGAAGUCGGGGACUUCCUGUCGCUGGACCUGGGCGGCACCAACUUCAGGGUGAUGCUGGUGAAGGUGGGCGAGGGCGAGGAGGGCCACUGGAGCGUGAAGACCAAGCACCAGAUGUACUGCAUCCCCGAGGACGCCAUGACGGGCACGGCUGAGAUGCUCUUCGACUACGUUUCCGAGUGCAUCUCCGACUUCCUGGACAAGCAUCACAUGAAGCACAAGAAGCUGCCCUUGGGUUUCACCUUCUCCUUUCCCGUGAGGCACGAAGACAUCGACAAGGGCAUCCUGCUCAACUGGACCAAGGGCUUCAAGGCCUCGGGAGCGGAAGGGAACAACAUCGUGGGGCUCCUGCGAGACGCCAUCAAGCGGAGGGGGGACUUCGAGAUGGACGUGGUGGCGCUGGUGAACGACACGGUGGCCACGAUGAUCUCCUGCUACUACGAAGACCGCCAGUGUGAGGUUGGCAUGAUUGUGGGCACCGGCUGCAAUGCCUGCUACAUGGAGGAAAUGCACAACGUGGAGCUGGUGGAAGGGGAGGAGGGCCGCAUGUGCGUCAACACCGAGUGGGGCGCCUUCGGGGACGCGGGCGAGCUGGACGAGUUCCUGCUGGAGUACGACCGCGUGGUGGACGAGAGCUCCCUGAACCCCGGCCAACAGCUGUACGAGAAGCUCAUCGGCGGCAAGUACAUGGGUGAGCUGGUGCGGCUCGUGCUGCUGAAGCUGGUGGAUGAGAACCUGCUCUUCCACGGGGAGGCCUCGGAGCAGCUGCGCACGCGCGGAGCCUUCGAGACGCGCUUUGUGUCGCAGGUGGAGAGCGACUCUGGCGACCGCAAGCAGAUCUACAACAUCCUGCGCACGUUGGGGCUGAGGCCCUCGGCCACGGACUGCGACAUCGUGCGCCGCGCCUGCGAGAGCGUGUCCACGCGCGCCGCGCACAUGUGCGCCGCGGGGCUGGCAGGCGUCAUCAACCGCAUGCGCGAGAGCCGCAGCGAGGACGUGAUGCGCAUCACCGUGGGCGUGGACGGCUCGGUGUACAAGCUGCACCCCAGCUUCAAGGAGCGGUUCCACGCCAGCGUGCGCAGGCUGACACCCAACUGCGAGAUCACCUUCAUCCAGUCCGAGGACGGCAGCGGCCGGGGCGCGGCUCUGGUCUCUGCGGUGGCCUGUAAGAAGGCCUGCAUGCUGGGCCAGUGACAACAGCAGGGGCCCGGCCAGGAGGCGGCGGUGGCGGCGGCGGCAGCGUCGCUGGGCCUGAGAACCAGGGCACAGCU